GCACAACAAUCAAUAUAUACAAAAUAACAGUCACAAUAACUUUGAGGACUUUGUCUGCGAACUUGUGUCCGGAUUAAUUAUGUGUCCUUCUCUCUGCAGUUUGGCCUCAGCCAGCUUUCUUCCCAAAUACUUCAGCUCCAAGUGGAGCUUCUCCAAGUUCCAGGUGCCCUCAGGCUCCCCCUGUGUGUGUGCCUUUGGAACAGAGCCCAACGCUGUAAUGGCCAUUUGUGCUGACGGCAGCUACUACAAGUUCCUGUUCAACCAGAAAGGAGAGUGUUCUAGAGACGUGUACGCUCAGUUCCUGGAGAUGACCGAUGAGAAAAUAUGACUUUUGACCCCUCUGGAGACUUGCUGCAUCACAGGCGGAUUACAUUUUUUCUGUACUUAUUUUAUUUUGAAGGGAAGGUCCCAUGAUGCACUUAUCUUUACGUACUCUGUUAAAGAGCAUCCGUUGAAGAGAGGAACAAAGACUGGGGAAGCUGAUCAGAUGGAUGAAGACUUUUGUUUUUCUCAGACUCCUGAAGAUUGUCUCUGGACAGAGGGACACAGAGGGUUUUCUCUGGACAGGGGGACACAGAGGGUUGUCUCUGGACAGAGGGACACAGAGGGUUUUCUCGGAUGCAGACUUGACUCCCAAACCAAACACUAAAGAGUGAAAGGUAUUUUUUGAAUAUAAAACAUGCAGCUUUUUAAGACGUCUUCCGAGGAAUUUCCAAAGGAUGGUUAUUCUUAAGAUAUGAUGACUCUGGUAGUUCCAUGGAUUGAAAAUAUUGAGAUUUUUUUUCAAUGUACCACCUAACCUAACUAUAGGGAGUGCCUCAGACUGGAGAGAAGCUGUAUGUGUGCACUUGUUGUCUUUGUCAUCUAUACUUGUGUGUGUUUGUGUAUAUACCAAUGUACCACAUUCGGUGUCCACAUCUGAAUCAGAAUGCAGUUGCAUCGGAACACACUGAUUCUGUAUUGUAAGUGUCACCUUAGUAUUAAUAGAUUUUCUUAAAUUCACUGUAUAAACACAAAGCACCAGACUGAACUUCUAACUCAAUAGAACUGUACAGAAUAGAAGCAAAAACAUUUA